CUAUCAAUAUAUAAAUCCAAAAAGAAAGUGUGUUUGGUAUUGUUGGGUUUAUUGGCACCUGGCAACACGUAUACAUAACAUUUGUCACACACAUCACAAAGUUAAGAAGAGUCUCGAGACAGUGGAACUCAUCCUUAAACAAUACAAUGUUUCCAACCAAUUUUGCUUUCUUCUUUGUCUUCCUCUCUCUGACAUCUCACUCUUCUGCUGCAGACACCACCUCUUGGGUGAAAGCUGGUUACUACUAUUCCGGCAGUGAAAUUUCAGCUUCAGAAAUUAAAUCAACACUUUUCACACACCUCUUAUGUGCUUUUUCUUUUAUCAACUCCACAAACUAUAACAUCUUUAUAAACUCUUCUGAAGAACACAAAUUCUCCACCUUCACCAACACAGUGAAGCUUCAAAAUCCAUCUGUUAUAACUCUUCUAUCAAUCUACACUGGAAGAGAAAACUCUUCAGUUUUCAAUUCAAUGAUAAACCAAUCUUCUUACAGAAAAUCUUUCAUUGAUUCUUCCAUCAAAACAGCAAGAAAAUAUGAGUUUCAAGGCAUAGACCUUUGUGGAGUCUCACCAAAGCAAGGUAACGAGCUUGCGAAUUUCGCAACCCUUUUGAAAGAGUGGCGAAUCGCGAUAACUUCUGAGGCAAGAAACAUUAAAAAGACAGAAUUAGUGUUGGUGAUGGCAGGUUAUUAUCUUAAAUAUUCAGAUUCAUUUAGUUACCCUUUUGAAUCAAUGCAGAAGAAUUUGGAUUGGGUUCAUUUUGUUGCAUAUGAUUACUAUCUUCCUAAAAAGGAUAGUGUCACAGGUUUUCAUGCAGCUUUAUAUGGUUCAUCUGGUUGGGAAAACACUGAUUCUGGUAUCAAAGAGUGGAGAAAGAGAGGAUUUUCUUCUAAUAAACUUGUAAUAGGUUUACCUUAUCAUGGAUUUGCAUGGACACUUGUGAAACAAGGUGAAGGUGGUGUUGGAAAACCAGCGUCUGGUCCUGCUAUUACUAUGGAUGGUUCUAUGGCUUAUAAGUUGAUAAAAAGUUACAUUAGAAGCUUUGGAGAUGGAGUAGUUUCAAGUUAUAAUGAUACUUUUGUGGUGAAUUAUUUCACUGUUGCUUCCACUACUUGGGUUAAUUUUGAUGAUGUGGAAGCUAUUAAAGAAAAAGUUUCUUAUGCGAAGAAAAAUGGAUUACUUGGUUACAAUGUUUUCCAAGUUGGGAAUGAUGAAAACUGGGUCCUUUCAAAGGCAGCUCAAGAAGUAGAUGAAGGUCAUCAUAACAGAAGGUUGCUGAUAAUUGUUCUGCUUACCGCUUUGACUGCUUCACUUCUCUUGGGAAUAGUAUUUUGCUACUACUACCAAGGAACAAUGGCGAUUCUUACAAGAAUGAUAUUCAAACUGAGGAUAUGUUUUUCAGAAGCUGAAGAAGAUCUCAAUGGGAAUGCUUCUGAUUUGAUAGUAUUUGGCUAUCUCACAAUUAAAGUAGCAACCGAUAACUUCUCAAAAGAAAAUAAGCUUGGAGAAGGUGGAUUCGGUGCAGUGUACAAGGGAAAAUUACGAAAGGGACAGGAAAUAGCUGUCAAAAGACUCUCAGAAACCUCGAAUCAAGGACUUGAAGAGUUCAAAAACGAGAUCACACUCACAGCAAGAUUACAACAUGUGAAUUUAGUUAGACUUUUAGGCUACUGCACAAAAAGGAAUGAGAAGCUUCUCAUCUAUGAAUAUCUCCCAAAUAAAAGCUUAGAUCAUUUUCUGUUUGAUCCAAGGAAAUCAAUUCUUCUAGAUUGGAGGAAGCGUGUGAAUAUCAUUGAAGGGAUUACUCAAGGCCUUCUUUAUCUCCAAGAAUACUCAAAUUUUACUAUAAUCCACCGAGAUCUUAAAGCUAGUAAUGUUUUGUUAGACCAUGAGAUGAAUCCUAAGAUAUCAGAUUUUGGUAUGGCUAGAAUUUUCGAGAAGUAUGAACAUGAAGCAAAUACAAGUAGAAUCGUCGGAACAUACGGGUAUGUACCUCCCGAGUAUGUCAGAAAAGGCAUAUACUCACCCAAAUACGACGUUUAUAGUUUUGGAGUUCUUCUCUUGCAAAUCAUAAGUGGAAAGAGGACUUCACAAUAUUACGGCCCAGAUGAAAAUAUGAACCUUUUGGAAUAUGCAUAUGAGCUAUGGAUGGAAGGAAGAGGUGAUGAGUUUUUGGACCCUUCAUUGGAUGAUUCAACAUGUCAUUAUAAAAUCAUGAGAUGCAUGCAGGUUGGUCUUUUGUGUGUUCAAGAGAACUCAGCAGAUAGACCUACCAUGCUAGAAGUUGAUUCACUGCUCAAGAAUGAAGCUACACCUGUUGGUACUCCUAACAUGCCCGCUUUUGCGAUGAAAAAAUACGAAGAUGAUAAGGGAGAUACUUCUAACUCAAGGUUGAAAUUUUCUUCAAUCAAUGAUGUUACAAUUUCUCAAAUGGUACCAAGAUAAAUGGUGUGGAGCAUAACAUUCUAGUGAUUAAUGUGGUAUCUGGUUUAGAUGUUGUAGCAGUUUUAAGAUCUAAUAUAGAAAAUUUUAUGAA